GCGGCCAACGCGCGCGAGCGGGCCCGCAUGCGGGUGCUGAGCAAGGCGUUCUCCCGCCUCAAGACCAGCCUGCCCUGGGUGCCGCCCGACACCAAGCUCUCCAAGCUGGACACGCUGCGCCUCGCCUCCAGCUACAUCGCGCACCUCCGCCAGCUGCUGCAGGACGAGCGCUACGACCCCGGCUACGUGCACCCCGUCAGCCUGACUUGGCCGUUUGUGGUUUCAGGAAGACCAGAAUCAGACCCCAAAGAAGUUUCUGCUGCCAGCAGAUUAUGUGGCACUACAGCUUAGUUGAAGUAAACUAUUUCCCCUCCCUCCCGGAUAUUUUUAAGAACUGUGAUUUUUACAGGCACAAAACAAGUAGAUGGUGACAAGCCAUCAUCUCCAACAAAUGAUCUUAAAUCUGUGUACCCACCCUGCCACAUAAAGGGAAAGCAAAAAGGGAGGAGGUGAGAUGGGGAUUUCUCUGAACUGGCUGUAGCAGCUGAAGUCUGGAAUUUGGAAAGGCCUUACUUUUGCUGCAUUACCACUGCCUGAGGACCUGUUGUUUUGAGGCUUUUAAACUAAUGAAAAAGGAGUAUAAUGUUUAUAGAAUUAACAGCAUGGACCAAAAUACAACUCUACGAUCUAACAGUGUUAUUUGUAUUCCAAAGAAAAGCAGUAUUCUAGAGUAGGUUUCAAACUUGGAUAGAUUUAUAAUAUAUUUUGAUGGCUUUUGUAUUUGUGGAUUCUAUUUACUGCAGCUAUGCAAUACAUGUAGUCCUACUACUUUUGUCUUUGUAACUAAACUUUCCUUAAAGACCUCUAAGUAGCAUAAACUGGGUCUUGCUAAUUAGGUUAUGGCCAUUGGAAUUAGAUUAUCACCCUUGUUUAUGUAUUACGGUGCCUUUCACAAAAGUGGGGGACUACUUAAGCAGAGUUUCCAUGCCUUAACUUGGAAGGAGAAUUCAGAUUAGUCUACAGUUAGGGUCCAUGCAUUUAAAGGAACAGUUUUGUAUCAAACGAUACAAUUUACAUUUUUCCUAUCACAUUAUGCUCACCUAUGGAGUAUGUUAACCUGACUUCUAGUGACAUUUCUUCAGCAAUUGAAGUGUUUGUAAUGAGAAAAUGCCAUCAAAUGAGUUGCAAAUUGUAAAUAAUUUUAUUUUUUUAUAAAUGACAUUAAAAUCUUUCUU